AUGCAGGUUGCAGAGAUCCUCUCCGAUCUGACUUCACUACGAGUCUGCGACUAUAAUGAUGCCCUUGCUCUAGUCACCGUCAACGAAAGGCUCAACGAGGCAAGAGUAUUACCAGAUGACAGAAGCAAAGCCGCUGUGAGCAAGCGACAGCAGGAGCAGCAGCAUGAUGAUCUCCGACGGGCAAAGGAGCUUGUUGAUCUGCAUUAUGAGAUGAAGACGAAAUAUGCACUCGGCACGGUUGAUGAGGAGCUUACUCGUGCUCGGGAGGAGGUGAACCGGGUCCUAAGGGAACUAGAAGCUUGA